CCCUAAUGGUCCCAUCUCGGAGGAGCCAUUUUAUGUUUCAGCGUGAUAUGGGCUGAAAGAUGCGUUAUUGUAUGUGUGAUUUGCCACACAACUUCCUACCAGGGCCCUUCCCGUGAAGGCUUGAGUGUGUUAUUCCAGCCUCAGCACCAGAUGCGGGUAAUGCAUAUUGGGGGGCGGCCGGACUCUGAAGUGCAGUACUUUUGGAUUGAUAUAAUACGGUAGAGAGGGCCCCACCUCCCGGAGCGGACUCAGCCAUUCCUGAAGGAGCACAGCCUUAGAAACAGCCACGCACUUAGCAAACUUCGGCUGGGGCUGUAAACAUGGGAUUUCUUUUUCAAAAGUAAAACUAAAGGCGAUGGGGAAAUUCGGCGCUGCGCGGCGGGGGUCACUUCAGCGGAAAGGCCGAUCAGCUGCGAAGGAGCAAGUCACCCGCAGGAAGGAGCAGAAACCGGAGCUGGAAGGCCUCGCUGGCGGCCAGGGGGCCGAGCGGGGGCUGGAGAAGGAGCUGCAGCCCCCGGACACCGCGGUGGAGUUGGCAAACCAGGCCGAGCGCUGGAGGGCGUUCCAGAAAAGCCAACGGCUGGACACGGCGGAGGCGGCGGCUCGGCUGUUACUGGAUACAUUUGAAUAUCGAGACCUUGUGAAACACACUGGAGGAUGCCACUGUGGAGCGGUGCGGUUCGAAGUCUGGGCAUCUGCAGAUUUACAUGUAUUUGAUUGCAACUGCAGCAUCUGUACAAGAAAGCAGAAUCAACAUUUUAUUGUCCCUGCCUCCCAUUUCAGACUCCUAAAGGGCACCGACAAUCUGACUGUUUAUACAUUCAAUACAAAAACAGCCAAACAUACCUUCUGCAAAACCUGUGGAGUGCAGAGUUUCUAUUCCCCACGCUCCAACCCUGAUGGAUACGGGGUGAUGCCUCACUGUCUGGAUGAUGGGACAGUCCACAGUAUCAAUGUAGAGAAAAUCAAUGGCAAAGAGUGGGAGAAGACCAUAAAGGAGCACAAGACCAUUAAGAAUAUGUCCAAAGCAAUGAUUUAAGCACAUACCAUAUUAAUAACUCUUGAGUAUGAAGUCAUUGUUGGAUUCAGAAGGUUAUUCUGGCUUCCAUGCUAUUGUCUCACUUGUUCUACAAAACAGCUAGUAUGGUCCAUUCUGUCUCAUCUCAUGAUUUUCCAAUAUCUUUUCUAUUUCACCCGUUUGAAUAAGAUAAAAUAACUGACACAUAGGCAGACAGAAAUACAAUUCAGAUCUUCUCACAAGAAUAAAAAAAAGAAAACAAGUUCAGAGUCCCAGAAAUUGAAACCACAAUUACAUCACUCAGACACAGUUUGCUAUAGAAUCCUUGAUUUUUGUUUGACACUGCUUUUGAAAGACACUUUGUGCCUGGUAUUCAUGUACUAGAUACCGCUCAGACUUGUAUUAAAGUGCUUAUUGAUAA